AUGCGGGCUGCUCAGAAGCACCCCACGAUCAUCACAUUGGAACCGUUGCUGAAGUUAACGCAGAAGCGUGGGGAUACACUAGGGCGUUUAUGUGAUCAACGCUCUGGUCCGAGUCUCCUUUCCAGAAUUGUGCAUAAUUCGAUACAUGUCCUUGCUGGGGAAUAUCUUAACAGAAUGAACGAGACCAUGCUUCGGGAGCUACUAGCCAUUGUUAAUGACAUGGGUAACGAUGAGACUGUUGAUUUGAACGCAUGGCUUCGGCAUGCCAUUACCAUUGCUAGUACAAAUGCUACAUACGGCAGUUUGAAUCCAUUCAAAAGCCGACACAUUGAAGACACAUUCUGGGAACUUGGAUGUAAUGUGGCGCUACUACUGGCCAACAUCGUGCCAUGGCUGAUUGACCCAAAAGCGUGGAAGGCACGCAAGGUUCUGUGUGCUGCGUUCGAGGACUACUUCGACCUCGGAGGUCAUGAAGAUGGCUCGGAGCUGAUAGCCAUGCGGUACAGUUCAUUUCUGGGGGCUGGGCUUACUCACGAGGAAAUCGCAUACUCGGAGAUGCCCCCGAUUGUAGGACUACUGGCAAACACCGUUCCUGCUGCAUUCUGGGUCCAUUUUGAGCUUUUCUCGAGACCAAAUCUGCUUGGAGAGGUACGUGAAGAGGUAGAGCAGUGCGCCCUCGAGAUUGCGCCCGACGGCACACACAUGAUUGACCUAGGGUACCUCCGCGAUAGUUGCCCACUCCUUCUCUCAAUGUACCAGGAGGUACUGCGAACAAGGACAACAAUGGUACCGAUCCGGUUCGUUACCCAAGAUGUUGUCCUAGCGGACAGGUACUUUCUCAGAUCUGGAACAAUGCUCUUCAUGCCCCCGAAGCAAGUAGGCCGAGACCAGAGUGUCUGGGGGAAUUCAGCUGAUGAGUUCGACGGACGAAGGUUCAUGAGAUCUACUACAACAACUGUGAAUAACGGCGACAAGAAAAAGGAUCCACGGCGUACUGGCGGGUUCAUGGCAUUCGGUGUUUCUCCAUCAAUCUGCCCGGGACGUCAUUUUGCUACUAGUGAAAUAUUGGCACUGGUGGCCAUGAUUGCCUUGCGCUAUGACAUUGCUCCAGCCGAUCAGGUCUGGCGUGCACCGCCAAGGACGAAUUCGGCAACCACUUCCAACAUGGGACCAGUUGAAGGAAAGUUCCCCGUGACUGUGAAAAAGAGACAAAAGUAUGAAGGGAAGUCAUGGCAAUUCAGACUCACCGAAGGCAAGGGGCAGUUCGCUUUGGCUGUGGGUUAA